GUGUGUGUGUGUGUGUGUGUGUGUGUGUACAGGGCGGGGGUCAGGCCUCCAUUUUUACCAGGACGUUUGCAGCAGCUGUCCACUGGCAUGUCAUUGGGAGCGUCACAGUGGUGAUACAGGGGUUUCAGAAGCGAAAUUGAGGCGGCUACGCGCAGUUUGAUCCAGGAAGGUUUACCCUCACUGUCUCCGGCCCCUCCAGGACCUGCAGCCCCACCAUGGCGGAUCAGUACCAGUACAACACCAACGAGGAGAAGAUUGUGAAGGACAGCCACACCAAAGAGAUCGACCUAAUUAACAGAGACCCAAAGCAGAUCAAUGAGGACGUGGUGAAGGUGGAGUUUGAGGAUGUCAUUGCGGAGCCUGAUGGUACACACAGCCUGGAUGGAGUGUGGAAGCUCAGCUACACCACCUUCACCGUGUCCAAAUACUGGUGUUAUCGCAUCUUGUCUGCCGUCUUUGGCAUCCCUGUUGCUCUACUCUGGGGCUUCCUCUUUGCCUGCAUCUCAUUCUGCCACAUCUGGGCUGUGGUUCCCUGCAUCAAGAGCUGUCUGAUUGAGUCACAGUGCAUCAGCCGCAUCUACUCUCUCUGCAUCCAGACCUUCUGCGAUCCCUUCUUUGAAGCCCUGGGCAAGAUCUUCAGCAGUGUGCGCGUGGCAAUGCGCAAAGAAGUCUAAGAACUCACACAGAAGUGUUUAUAGUAUGAUCGGAUGAAGUGUGGUACCUUUUUUUACACCAGAAGAUCAGUCCUGGCAUCUUGCUUACUCCCUGAUACUCUUCCUCCCGCUGCCUUCAUAACAUGCUGUUCCCCACCCUCCCAUCCUCAAGCCCUCAGCUCUGAGUAAUGACGUGCCCCGUGUGCCUUUUGCCACCAGAAGCUCUGCGACAGCUGCAGCAGGCUGGGUGGUUCUGUGACAGCUUUGGCACUCCAGGCUCAGUGCUCCUCACAUAGGGAGGAGAGGGCCACCUGCCAUGAGGAGGAUCUGUCUGCCCUCAUUUAUUUGUAUCACAAAAAGCUCAGAUAAAGGCUACUCAUUCACAACAAAUGAAAUUGACUCCCUAACACUGCUGCACCUUUGGAGGAUGCUACUUGUAUGCAUUUGGCUAUUCUUGAUGCUGUAUGUUGCUGUGUCCAGUAUUGUUUUACUUCAUAUUGAUCAAAUUGAAUUUGACACUUACAUGUUUGUACACUUAACCCUAUUAGAAAAACCCUAACAGAAUGAAAGGAAUUGAAAAUGUUUUGUGAACGUAAUUACUUUGUCCAGUAUUAUCUGAAAUAGAUUCUGAGACAUUUCCAUCUUAAUUUGUGACAACUCUGGAGUUACUAAGAGACUUUUUGGAGACCUGCAGAUGUAUGGAGUACAUCUGGAACCAGCCAUGCAGAUAAUCUACUUCCUUUUCUCAAAGUGUGAUGAGUGGAAUAUUAAAUCUACUUGUUUGCAUAUUUCUGUCAAGUAUGUGUAAAUAAGUAUGGACCUAGCUACUACUAGCUACUACUGAUGCCGUAAAGAAAAAACCUCUCUAUGAGACCCAUAGUAAUGUUCCACAGUGUUAUUCUGAUUUGAAAGAAAAGCGGCUGUAGUCCAGAGAGGAAAAUUAUACAUGGGCUGAAACUAAUGUAAAGAUGCCUUAAAAUUAAUGAAACUGUCCUUCUGAUAAGAAUACUACAACACUGGUUUAGUGUUUGAUUUAAAGUAUACAGUGUUAUGUGCAUUUCAGAGCUUUCUUGGAGACUUAAAAACCAAACAUCUUACUUCAGUCAACCUGGAGGCACAGACCUGGGAACUGUGACCCACUAGAGGUUGCUGUUGUAUAUCUUUCAUGAGCUUCUCUGUUGUGUCUCAGAUUCAUUAUUGAUGAUUCAGUUUCACCACACCCUUCUUUGUUUAUAGCCUCAGUGUGAUUCUUUCUGGUCAAUUCCUUUAAGUACUGUAUUCCACUAGAAAUACUAGAAAAUGUAUAGUUGGAGUUUAUAUGAAGAGAAAUAGUACAUUGGCUUAAAAUAUUAUUCUGAUUGAUGAGCUGUAUGAAACAGUAUAAUUAGUGAGCAAGAAUGAUUCAUUUGCCAGGUUAUGAGGUAAAAUUUCAUUAAAAAAUAACAUUGAGCGCCUUAGUCACUUUGAUUUUAGCACAGUGUGGGCGAUAAUAACCAGAUGAUCAUUUAAUCUGAAACACAGUUCUCUCCAUAAACUACAUUUUAUACAAAUAAAUAAAACAUUCAUGUGUAUUUUCCCAAAACUCAGCACCAUAUUUGCGGGGCUGUGUAGACGUGAGUAUAUAUGGAAUCAAAUGUUUGAUCCUCAAAAGAAGGAUUUUAGAUUCAAUGUGGUAUUUCUAUGUAAACUGAGCUCAGAAAUGACUAUGCCAAGAGUGAAUAUAUAGAAUGAAUGUAUUUGAUGUAACCAAAAUACAGCAAAUUCCUCACAAAUCAA